CUGAUGUUGAUCUUGACAAUGAUAUUACUCAUGAAACCAUUGACGAACAAAUUAACGAAGUUUUAAGAUACAGAUGGCGUUGUGGUAGUUGUGGCAAAAAUAUGGAAUGUGAUGUUUAUAUUAUCAAACAAGCUUUCACAAAUUUUUCUAUUGUUUUUGAUGACUUUUUAAACAAAAUG